CACAAACCGUUAGUUCCCGCUUCGAACCGUUGCACCGAGCUGCCGUAUACGAGUUUGUCUCGCCGAAACGCGAAACCACGAGGGCCUUAAACGCUCCGAAGCGAGACGCCACAAGGUGAUGGGUAUUGAAUUGCACGCAAGCAUUCCGCCCCGUACUGCAUCCCGAGGAACGCGUAUAAUCGGCGGGCAGCAGUAUGUGGUCGAGAAAUGCGCAGUACCUACGACGGCAUCGAUGUUGCUCUGUCUUGCGGCCAAUCAGAACCCGCAGUGCGACGGUACUGCCCUAUGCAAUUUUCGUUCUCAUUACCUUUGGUGCAACGGUGAGCAUGUGCCACUGUACCGGGUACUAGCCUGCGGACAUACACGUCGCAUCAAGGCUGCCGAAGUGCGAAGCUGCAUCGCGACGGCGUCAACAUCUAAGACCUUCCGACUGCGUCUAGUCUGACACCGCUUUGCGACAUUGGACGCUCAUGUGCACCACGCACUCGAAGCUCAGCAGCGAACAUGGUGAGGAACGACAUUGACUGCUUCUCGGCGCGU